AUUGAUGAAAAAAUAGAAUAUGUUGAUGCUGGAGGUUCUGGGGUUAUUACAAAGGCGAAAUGGAUAAAAAAGAAGAUAACUGUUGUUUUAAAGACAGUGAUAGUUUCUGAAGAAACAAAUUCAGAUAAUGAUGAAUUUAUUAAAGAGCAGAUUAAGGCUUUUCAUAAUAUUGGACUAGUGCUUUCAAGUAAAACGGAUGAAGAAUAUAAAGAAAAAUCAUCUCACAUAGGAUAUGAAAAUGUAAUCAAAUUUUAUGGUGUAUCGAGGUAUCGAUAUCAUGUAACUUUUAAUUUACAUCAACAUCAUACUAAAAAUGUGGUUAUCAAAGAGGAUGGAGAUGGUGUUAAAGCCAUUAUUACAGAUUUUGGACUUUCAAAAGUUCUUACUCGUAAUAGCAAAUCAAAUCAGAAAAUAGAAGGAUACACACCAUUUGUAGACCCUAUGACAUUUAAUCAUAAUGCAACUCUUUAUUACAAGUCUGAUAUAUAUAGCCUUGGUGUAGUUUUGUGGGAAAUCACAAGCAAUGAGAAACCAAUAAAUGAGUCAACUGUCUCCUAUGUUAAGCUUUAUAGCAAUUGCUGGGAUGGGGAUCCUAAGUUGCGACCAGAAAUUAAUCAGGUAUAUGAAUCAAUACAUCAAAAAGACAUAAUAUCAGGUGAAAAUGGUAAGAUUUACCACAAAGUUGUGAUUCAUCACAAAGUAAUGAUUCGUCAAAAAGUAAUGAUUUAUCACCAAGAAGUAGUAUUACUGAUGCAGAUACCGGUGUUUGGACAGCUUUCUACCGAAGCUCGUAAGAAGAUUCAGCAAAUUUCUGAUG